AACUUUGAGCGAGCCGGUUGAAUGUAAACUGUGUGUGUAAGUUGUAAAAAUGGAAAAUAAUAUUUUGGAAUCUGCAGAAAAGGACGGACUGGAAUCUAUAUUAGACUCUUGGGGAUUCAGCUACAUUUUAAAAACAUUAAAAGAUGAAUCUAUAACACUUGAACGGCUAAGAUAUUUGGAAGAGCAGGACUUGACAUACUUAUUCCGGGAACGUAAGUUAGGAGAAAAAGUGGAGUUUCGUUUCAAGCUUCAGCAAUGGAAAAUCGCAAAUGGAUAUUCUGAUGUCAAAGCCUGCGAUACAAUAUCUGUAGACAUGACUUUCCUGGAAGACAUGGAAAAUUCACAAUAUUUAAACUGCAGUCAAUCAACAAGCUCUUUUUCUAAAGUUAUUAACGAUCCUAAUGGGUACCGCGGCUCCAUUAAUAUUCAAUCAGUAUUGGGUAGUCAUCCAAAUGGAUACUAUGUCAAUCAGACUUACAAAGAAACUGGAAAACUGAACGACGCAGCACGUAAAAUCCUAAUAGAUUCUAUAGUAACUUGGCACUUGAGACAUAAAAUAAAACUUGGAAGAAAAGAAUUUGAGCACAUUUCUAUUAAAAUUGAAGAAACAUUCAAUGAUGACAAGGCAAUUUAUUUUAAUUUAAUUGGAUCGCGGCCUUCAGGAAGAUUGUAUGACAAAUAUUAUAAUACUACAAAACGUUUAAAGAGAACGGGUGAAUUUGGUUAUGAAAAAAGCAAUAUAAGUGGUGAAUCCCCAAAAGCUGAUAUUUCAAACUGUGGAGAAGAAACAGAAAUUGCAAAGGCUCAAGAUUGGCUAAAAAUUUUUACGGAGCCGUGGAUUGACGUGCAGGAAAAUUGGCGAAAGUGUUUUAAAAAACGAAGACAAGAAAUUUUAAGCACAAACGGUACACAAAACAAAAUUUUUGAAGUCUUACAAAAUUGGAAGCUCUUUUCACAUUCAUUGGGGUAUAACCUGAUUCAAAUCGAUUUUAGUUAUUUGCAUCCACAUUCCACAUCCAUCGUCGAUAAAUGGAAGACCUUUAAUCUCAAAAUUAUCCCACUGCUAAAAACAAAGUUGACGGAUCCGGCGCACUUGCAACAAUUGGAAACAAUAAAAUCACAAGAAAAAGGUUCAGAACAGAUCAUUGCACUACUGCUUCAUGUUUUGCUGCGUCCAACAAUAAAACGAAAAGCAAAUACCGCAAGAAAGAUUUACCGUUCUACUAUCAAAGAUUCGCAGAUGUCGUUUAUUCUUCAUGUUGUUACGGCAAAUGAUGUUGAAAACUGUUUAAACAAGCUGAAGACUUCCCUUUAUGAUCGCGGUGAGACCUUACAACCAAUAAUUAUUGCAGUUGGCUACAAUUUAUGUGACGCUAAAUUUUAUGUUUACUUUGAUGAAAUCAAAUAUGAGAUGCCCUGUUUUUUGAGUGCGUUUGAUACUUGCUUUAAGACAUUUCAUGUCCUUCAUUUAAAAUACCCCAGUGAUAGCUUAGAAUUUUGGUUGUUUGUUCAAAAGUAUUUUUAUUCGAUAAAUUUAGAAGGCGACAGAGCAUCCCCAAAUGUACUGUGUUUAAUUAACGAUCUUAAAUAAUAUGU